AUGGUCCUGGAAACUGGAGAUCUGUUCCCACCAACACUGGUGAUCAUUAUGUUUACCUGGUUAUUGAGAUGCAGCAAAAGCUGUAGACUGAGAUGGACAAAUUAUCUGAGACCUGGAAUUAAACGCGGAAACUUUACUCCUCAUGAGGAAGGAAUGAUCAUUCACUUGCAAGCCUUAUUGGGUAACAAAUGGGCGUCCAUAGCAUCAUAUCUGCCACAAAGAACCGAUAAUGAUAUCAAGAACUACUGGAACACCCAUUUGAAGAAAAAGCUCAACAAGUCCGAGAGUGAAGAGAGAAGCAUUUCAGAAAACAUUGCGUUGCAAACUUCAGCCACAAGAAACACCACCAAUCAUAGAUCUACCUAUGCGUCAAGCACCGAAAACAUUUCUCGCCUUCUCGAAGGUUGGACCAAGGCAUCCCCAAAGAGUAGUAGUACGGCUAAUCUCUUGGAACCAAAAACGCAAAAUCGAACGAACAGUCUUAUGGAUCAUUACAGCCAGUUUCCAUACAAGCAGCUACAAGAUUCUUGGGAAGAGGGUCAUAGCAAAAUAAUGAAUGUUGAUGAUGAUCAGGGAUUCAGUGCUCCUCCAAAGACUUUAGAGAAUACCGUUGACGGUGAUCAUGAAGAUGGUGAUGAUGAUGAUCAUCAUCAUGCUACUCCACCAUUAACAUUUAUUGAGAAAUGGCUUUUGGAGGAAACAAGUACUGGGGGUCAAAUGGAGGAGAUGAGCCACUUGAUGGAACUCUCUAAUAUGCUUUAAUUUAUUUGUCACCCUGUGUCCAUUUUUUUUCUUUUUCCUUGUGAAUCUUAUUAAUGAGACUAUUAAUUUUAUAUACAGAAACAAAGAAACCAGAAGACAUAAUAUCAUCUAUGUUUUUUGGUUCCUUUAAGAUAUAUGUUGUUAUUUUUGAACCAAAAAAAAAAAGGAUAUAUGUUGUUAAAAAUGC